ACUAACAAAAAAGGAUUACAAAGUGCGAUCCUGGGCUGUUCCUCAGUUCCAAAAGUCCUUUAUUCCUUCAUCAGCAUUCCACGAAGCAAGACAAGAGUGUGUGUAGUGUGAAAACUAGGAGGAGCCCAUCAGAAAUUUUGCGAUUCACUAACAAAAUCAGUGACGUUGACGCAUAUUGGCCCUUGUUUACUCCGCUAUCCAAAGAAGCAUUUUCCCCGAAGCUAAACAAUGGCCGAGAUGAAGGCGGAAAUCGACAGCGACGCUGAGCAAAACUAUUCCCUUGGCAGCAAUGUCGAUCCGAAAAACAUGCAAGAGCUGACCAUCUAUGUUCAGAAUCUCCUCCAGAACGUGCAGGACAAGUUCCAGACCAUGUCGGACCAGAUCAUUUCCCGUAUCGACGACAUGGGCACUAGGAUAGAUGACCUCGAGAAGAGCAUUGCCGACCUGAUGCAGCAAGCCGGCGUCGAAGGCGCCGAGAAGUGAGGACCACGGAGAUAAGAAUCCCCAACAGAGAUAAAAAAAAGGUACAAUGUGUGCUGCUGAUGGAGAAGUGAUCUGCAAUCCGCCUAUUCUUAGGUUUACGUUUAGAUUUAUUACAAGCGCAUGAUUUAUAUAGUUCCGGGGAUUAAGUUUUCUUCUCGUCCCGCGUCUGAAUGUCGUCUGGACUGGAAGUGUGUCAUAUCUGCGGGGAAAACCAAGUUUUUCCGCACCGGAUUGGGGUUUGAUAGGGAGUCAUGGCAUUAUCGACAAAAUUCAUCCACAUUAUUUGUUAUUGCAAUCACCUUUAUAACAUGGGAGGAAACGGGAGGAAGAGAUCCGACAAACAAACAAUCGGUACGAAGUAAGCCAAAAAUCAAGGAUACAAAUUUAAUAAUAUAGAAACACGCAGUAAUAACACUCCAA